CCAAAAUCACGCACAGUCAUUGCGUUUGGUCUUCAUCCGAAGCCUUAAACGGACUGUCUUAAAACGAAGCGAGGAUGAGGGGACAGUCGCGCGGGAUCCGUUUUCUUAAUAGUUUUUUAUUCAUCAUCACCGCUCGGCAAUGGGUGUCGGCGAGCAGUGACCUGCGCUCGUGCAAUGAGACAGACUACUACUAUGAGUAUACAGAGUGUGACAGUACAGGGUCUCGAUGGAGGGUGGCCAUCCCCCACAAUCUGGGCACCUGCUCAGGCCUGCCUACUCCCACCAGAGGAACAGACUGCUUGUUCUCGUGCGCAGCGGGAGAGUUCCUAGAGAUGUCCGCUCAGCAAUGUACGCCGUGUGCGGCCGGCUCCUAUUCGCUGGGCAGUGGGGUGCGUUUCGACCAAUGGGACACUAUCCCUGCCGGCUUCACCAGCCUGGCCACCUACAUGGACCCAGGACCCAGUGGAGAGGAGAGUCAGGCCUGUAAUAGCUCAUCGUGGACACCGCAGGGUGUGUAUCUGGAGUCUAGUCGUGAUGAGUGCACAGUGUCUCUGGUGUACGCUGUGCAUCUGGAGAAGCAGGGCUCCGUCUCCUUCAGCUACCAGUACCCUGACAACAAUAUCUUCUUUGAGUUCUACGUCCAGAAUGAGCAGUGUCAGGAGAUGGCCCAGACAGACGAUCAGAAGUGGAUCAAACUCACCACCAACGGAGAGUGGGACACACACACGGUGAAUCUGAAGUCUGGCACUAACAUACUGUACUGGAGAACGACAGGGAUCCUGGUCGGAGGGAAGAUGGUUAAACCAGUGCUGCUCAGGAACGUCCACAUUGAGGGUGUUGCCUACACCUCUGAGUGUUUCCCAUGCCGACCAGGCUGGUUUAGCUCCGCCCCUGGCUCCUCCUCCUGCCAGCCCUGCCCCAGAAACACAUCGUCUAACAAGGGAGCCACCUCCUGUACGCCCUGCCCCGACACACAGUACUCACAUGAGGGAUGGUCGCAGUGUAAGGAGAGGCCUCCAUGUUCAGAGAAGGAUUACUUUCAGAUCCACACAGCCUGCGACAGCGAGGGAAAGACGCAGGUGAUGUACCGGUGGGUGGAGCCGAGAAUCUGUGAGGAGAAUGUGACGGGCGCUGUGGCACUGCCCCCUACAGGGGAGAGAGAGGCCUGCCCGCCCUGUAACCCUGGCUUCUACAACACCAACGACUCCACCUGCUUCCCCUGCCCUCCUGGAACACACUCUGACGGCACCUCAGUGUGUGAGGAGUGUCCUGCGGGGACAGAGCCAGUACUAGGGUAUGAGUAUAAAUGGUGGAACGUCCUCCCUUCCAACAUGAAGACUUCCUGCUUCAACGUGGGCAACUCCAAAUGUGACGACAUGAACGGCUGGGAGGUGGCAGGGGAUCACAUCCGCAGUGGUGCUGGAGGCUCGGAUAACGAUUACCUCAUCCUGAACCUGCAUGUUCCUGGCUUCAAGUUACCAACAUCACUUGCUGGGAUGACCGGGACUGAGUUUGGCCGGAUCAUCUUCGUCUUCGAGACAAUCUGCUCUGCCGACUGUGAGCUCUACUUCAUGAUGGAUGUGAACAGGAAGAGCACUAUGGUGGUGGAGUCAUGGGAGGGCAGUAAGGAGAGACAGUCCUACACACACAUCAUGACCAAGAACGCAUCCGUAUCAUACACUUGGGCCUUCCAGAGGACCAACCAGGCUCAGGACGUGCGUCGGUACAUCAGCGACGUGGUGAAACUCUACUCAGUGAGCGUGACAAAUGUCCAGGAUGGCGUGGCAUCUGCGUGCCGGGCCUGCGCCCUCCUAUCUCAGAGUUCUCAGCGGUCUGGGUCGUCGUCGUGUAUUCCAUGCCCAGCUGGGUUCUACAUUGACAGAGACACCAACCGGUGCCAGGAGUGCCCCCCCAACACAUACCUGUCUGGUCACCACACAUAUGGCGAGGAUGCGUGUCUGCCCUGUGGCCCCGGGAGUAAGAGCAACAAGGAGCACUCUCGUUGCUAUAGCGACUGCUCCUUCAGUCACACGGAGAACAACCGCACCCUGACCUUUGACCUGAGCUCUCUGAGCACCGUGGCCUCGCUCACCAACGGCCCCAGCUUCACCUCUAAAGGCACCAAGUAUCUCCACAUCUUCAACGUCAGCCUGUGUGGACACCAGGGGAAGAUGGCAGCUGUCUGCACAGAUAAUGUCACCGAUCUCGCCAGUAAGGACAUGGGGAGUGAUUCCACCCAGUUCGUCAACUCUGUGGACAGCUUCAUCUGUCAAUCAACCAUCAUUCCUGCGGAUGGGCGGGGCUUCAGGACAGCUCUGGCAUCCCAGUCUAUCAGUCUGGCUGAUACCUUCCUCGGAGCGACAAUGGACAGUGUUUUAGACGGAAUAAACACCAGACCAGAACUCUUCUCUGACAACUCAAAAGGCAUUCCAGACAUCAACUUCUUCUACAGGUCUACUCAGGCGACUGGAUCCUGUGAGCGUGGUCGGAGUGCGGUCAUGACGAUACGCUGCAACCCAGAGAAGACCGACCGCGGGCAACUCACAGUCCCCAGUGCAUGCCCUGCAGGUACGUGUGACGGCUGUACGUUUCACUUCCUGUGGGAGAGUGGGAGCGCCUGUCCCCGUUGCACCCAGGACGACUAUCACCAGAUAGAGGGAGCCUGUAAGGGAGGGGUCCAGGAGACUCUGUCUGUGUGGAAUGAGCCAAAGCUGUGCACCAAAGGCAUGUCCCUGCCAGCUAAGAGCUCCGCCCCCUGCGAGGCCAUCGCCCUAUGGCUAAAGGUGGGGGUAGGGGGCGGGGCCUUCUUAGCUGUGCUGCUCAUCUCUCUCACCUGCUAUUUCUGGAAGAAGAACAAGAGGCUGGAGUAUAAGUACUCUCGGCUGGUGAUGUCAGCCAAUAAGGAGUGUGAGCUGCCGGCGGCAGAUAGCUGUGCCCUGGCCGAGGGGGAAGAGCCUGAGGAUGACGUGGUCUACUCCCACAAACCCUCCCUGCUCGGCAAGCUCAGGGCCAUCGCCAACAAGCAGAGGGCGGAAGACAGCAGUGAGUCGGUACAGCUGAAGUCAUCCCAGUCUGAGAGAUGGGUCUGGGGGUAACGACAAGAAAGAAGAGAGAGAAAGGGAAAGAAAGAAGAGAGAGAGAGAAAGAAAGAAGAAGAGAGAGUUGGUAGGGUUGGCACUGAGUUCCACUCCUCUUCAUGUCUCCUGGGCUCUGCUUAUUCCUGAGGACUCCAUCGUGGCUCCAGCCGCUCCAGUAUCCUCUGUAAAGGCACCUGUUCCCAUGAUUCUGACUGAAACUGGAAAGUGGUUUGGCUCCCAACCUAGACCCUACCACACACACAACCCUGCUUAUUGCCAUGGAUAUUGAAGGGCUGCAAAUUUAAGAAACAGUCACUGUUUUUGUAUAUUUUGUAUUGUCAUUUGGAGUUUAUCUGUACAGUCAUGUCCAAAGUAUUUAUAAUGAUUAAUGUUGUUAUGAUUUAUCUUUAUUAAAUUCUCACUUGGCUUUGGGGCCGUGUU